UAGUCACGUGGCCACAGUGGUUGCCCUGGUGACGGACGCGUCCGCCGGAAGUGUGAAGAAGAGGCGAGCGAUGGCGGACGAUACGAUAAAAACAGAUGUACAGAUGCCUGUGGCCACAGAUGUCAAGAAACCCCGUCCAAAAAAAGCUCCUGAACUUCCCAUUCUAGAGAGAAGAAACUGGCUCAUCCAUUUGCAUUAUAUCCGCAAAGAUUAUGAGACCUGCAAGGCCAUUAUUAAAGAACAACUGCAUGAAACUCGAGGCAUGUGUGAAUACGCUGUGUAUGUGCAAGCUCUGAUCAUGCGGUUAGAAGGGAAGAUCCAGGAGUCUCUGGAGUUGUUUCAAAGCUGUGCCAUCCUGAAUCCCAAAAGCUCGGACAACCUCAAGCAAGUUGCACGAUCCCUUUUUCUUUUAGGGAAACACAAAGCAGCCAUACAGGUUUAUAAUGAAGCAGGCCGUCUCAAUCAGCAGGAUUGGGAGAUCAAUCACAAUCUGGGUGUUUGUUACAUCUACAUCAAAGACUUUAAGAGUGCAGAAGAACGGUUAAACUUGGCAUUACAGCUAAACAAGCACGACAUGACCUUCGUGAUGCUGGGUAAAAUCCACCUGAUGCAGGGCAACAAAGAGAAAGCCAUUGAAGUCUACAAGAGCGCCGUGGAAUUUUCUCCUGAGAAUACCGAGCUGUUGACCACACUGGGGCUGCUUUACCUGCAGCUCGGCAAAUAUCAGAAAGCCUUUGAGCACCUCGGGAAAGCUCUGACAUACGACCCCAGUAACUUCAAGGCCAUCCUCGCAGCCGGGAGUAUGAUGCAGACGCAUGGAGAUUAUGACGUGGCCAUGAAUAAAUAUCGUGUGGCGGCACACGCGGUCCCAGAGAGCCCACCGCUCUGGAAUAACAUCGGGAUGUGCUUCUUUGGCAAAAAGAAAUACGUCGCUGCCAUCAGCUGUCUGAAGAGGGCAAACUAUCUCUCUCCUUUCGACUGGAAGAUCCUGUAUAAUCUGGGUUUGGUUCAUCUGACCAUGCAGCAGUACGCAUCAGCGUUUCACUUCUUGAGCGCAGCUAUCAACCUGCGGCCUCGCAUGAGCGAGCUCUAUAUGCUACUGGCAGUUGCUCUGACCAACCUGGAUGAUGCCGACAACGCCCGGCGGUCCUACGAGCAGGCUGUUCAGAUGGAUGACUCAAAUCCACUGGUGAGUCUGAACUUCGCCGUGUUCCUCUAUAAUCAAGCCGAUAAGAAGGCAGCGCUCCUGCAGUACCAGGAGAUGGAGAGGAAAGUCAUCGCUCAGGUCGAAAAUAACAGCAGCGUCGAAUUUGACCCGGAGCUGGUUGAAACGGCUCAGAAGUUGGGGACGGCUCUACAGGCUGGAGAGAACCUGUACUGGAGCAAACCUGCUAAAGACAGCAAGACCAGUCAAAGAUCCUCAUCCAGCAAACCCAGCAGCUCCCAGCAACCCCUGGGUACCAACCAGGCCCUGGGUCAGGCCAUGUCUUCAGCCGCAGGAUACGGCAAGAGCAUGCAGAUGACAGCAGAGCCUGAGCUGGGUGUGGACAGCGCCUCCUCUCCCCCGAAAGAUCAUCCUGGAGACCCUGAGGGUGAUGUGGAGGAGACCCCUGAACCAGCCAAAGUCAAAGAGAAGAAGAGCAAACGUAAAGCAGCAGCUGAAUAAAGCUGUUAGUGUAGCACUUCUAGAUUUAUAUCAAGCGUAACCUUUAUGAUGUGUAUUUAUAACUUAUUCAUGUACAGAGUUGCAAGUACCGUUGACAAUCACAGAUGUGUUAUAUAGGGACUUUUUUUACAUAUUAGAUGGUUGUUAA